AUGUGCCAAGUGACCCCACGAGGCGCCCGUCCUUUCCCUGCCCGGGACAGCGUGUCCUGCUCAGUGCUCUGCUGAGGACGUUUCACAUCCCCAUGGGGUGAGGCUGCAGGAAAUUCCCACUUCCCCGUGCUUGGAAAUCCCCCUCCACCCUCCUCCUCCACCCCACAGGUCCUUCACUGGGGCCUCUCGGGUUCCUCCUCCUCCACCCCACAGGUCCUUCCUUGGGGCCUCUCGGGUUCCUCCUCCUCCUCCUCCACCCGCAGGUGCUUCCUUGGGGCCGCCCGGGCCCAUCCUCAGCCCCAGUGACUCUGCACCAGCCAGGCAGGAGAGACACCCCUCGUUAGGGCCUGGCCCUUCCUGAGCCCGCGGCUCCUCCGGCACAAGGACGAGGGAAAUGAUGGAUUUCCUCCGGCACCGGCCCAGCUCUUCACACCCUGAAGGACCAAGAGCCUCCCGAGCCGCUCCCGGCCCCGACGAGGCCCUGAUCCCCCUAAGGGUCAGUCCUGCCACCCCAAAUCAGGAUCUGGACACUCCACAGGCUCAGACACCCAUGGCAGCGACUCAAGGACUUCCCGGGUGUCCCAGUCACCCACCCACCCUUCCUGCCCAUCCUCACCCUCCCCACAGCCCCGCUGCUUACCCCGGACUUUGAGGCUAAUUCCCAACACCUGACCAGCUUAUUCUCCUGAGUCCAUUAUCAGCUUAAGGGCCAAAGACAUCUGCUUCCCACUGCCCUCCCAGAGAGCUGGAGGAGUCUUCCAGCUCCGAGCAGGAGAGCAGCAUCUCCCCUCGGAUGGGGCUCUGAGCGUCUCCACCGCGCCGCGGGGCAGCCCCCCUGCCCCCCCAGUUCCAGGGCAAAAUGGCUCAGGACAUGACAGAGAAGGAGCUGCUGAAGAUGGAGCUGGAUCAGCUGAAGAAGGAGGUGAAGAACGAGAGGCAAAUGGUCUCCAAGACCGGCAAAGAGCUCAAGGAGUACAUCGAGUCCAUGGCGGGCGAGGACCCGCUGCUGAAAGGGGUCCCCGAGGACAAGAACCCCUUCAAGGAGAAGGGAGGCUGUACAAUAAGCUGACCCCCCCCGGCCCCGCUGGCACCGCCGGGCACGGGGGUGUUCCCGUGUGCCACCCAGGACUGUCAGAAACCUGCUUUCCCCGUAGUCCGCCCUCGGCACCGAGGAGGAGCCCAGAGCCACAGCGUAGUGCAGCUAAAGGACAGCAAGAGGAAAAAAAAGAAGAUAAAAAAAGAGACAAAAA